AUGGCGCCACCCCGCAGAAAGAUGACUUCAAACACCGCUGAUCUGCUGAACCAGAGGAGCAGAGGGAUCCAGGAUACUGGGUCUUUGAACAGAUUCUGCUUGAAAAUCCUCAGAAGCAUCACUCUUCAUGAAAAUAGGAGCUUCAUUAAAGUUUGGAGCAAGACUUCAAAAACAGCAAUAAUGUAUGAGAGUGGUAGAAUCUACUGUGAUAAUUACCAGAACUGCUACAGUUGUGUCCACGAUCAGCCCCAGAGUUUAUACAAAUUCCCAAAGAAGUCCAAACAGCAGAAGAUUGAAGAUGCUCUGCUUUGCCAGAGCCCUCUUGACAAGACUUUAUCCUGUCCUUCUGAACAUAAACCCUCCCUCUUAGUUCUGACUGCAGAUAACUGGCUCUGUCGCAUUUCAGCUGAAACAGGAAAAGAGCUGCAGAGAAUUUAUCUCUCUCCUAAAUACAAGUACAGAUAUCUUGCCUGGAAUGUUUCACAAGAAACAUUUUACAUUAAAUCUGUUCAGAACAAAGAAACACCCUUGGCAAGACAGGCAGGUAUAUUGCAGAAUGCAGUCAUGCACAUGGCCAUUUUUCAUGUUUUCCCCUUGCAAAUUGUAGGGAUUUUGGAGAUAAAUAAAAAGGGAUUUGGAAGCGGUGUUACAGAUGUGGUUCUGUCUCAGGGUGUCCUUGCUGUGUCUUACAGUAACAAGUCAGUGAAACUGUACAGCUUUGAACACAUUGUCCAAAGAUGCUUAACUGAAGAGUUGACAUUGGGGCAGCAGAGUCCCCUGCUGGGACACAGAACCGUCGGGGACGUUCCAUUUGGUAUCCCAGUUAACAUCCAGAUCACAGAACCGCCACCACUUCUUUUUGAAGCAUUCUCUCACAAUGGUAUCCAGAUCGGCGGCUUCCCUUGGCACUACAUUUACACUCCACCACACAAAAAACACAGAGGGACUCACUACAUCUGUUCACUCAAGGACAACACUUUGGCAAAAAAUGGAAUCCGGAACAUGAAUUGUUACUCUCUUGAGAGUGACGUAAUCUUCUUCCAUCCGGCCGAUUCAGGGAGAAUCAUCCACAUUGGACCUAACACUAUAAAUGUGCUGAAAGUCAUUAGUGAGCUAAACAGUCCUUUGCCAUCAGAGGUUCUAGAGGAUUACUCUCUGACAACACAUCGAAGCAGCCCAUUCCCUCGUGUCACUGUCACGUCUUCAGGCCGAGCAGUGAGAUCGAGAUUUCAACAACUGGAUGAUGAUCCAAUGCAGGAGACCUUUCGGUUGCUGGAAUACGAGGAUGAACUUGACCUUCUGGCCAUAGCGGUAACUAACGGGGAGGGCGAGGAGGGCAGCGCUCAUGUCCAACUGCAUGACAACCAAACAGGGCGGUUACAGCGAAAGAUUGAUCUGGAUGAGGCCUGGGAUGAGACUUAUCCACAUGAGCUGUUCUUUGACAGAGACACCAUUGUUCACAUUGAGCAAAAGGGCAGCCAGUUCUGCUGCCAUGUUUAUAAACUCAGGACCAUCUCUAAAUGACAAAAUUGACUGAAUGGUAUUGUGAUGUUUUUUCCAAUGUUGUAAAGCUGUUGGAAGGAGUAAUAAACUUGUGGAUACUUGUAUAUUUUAUUUUGUCUGAAUAUUUGUUUUCUUUUUUGUAAAUAUCUGUAAUCCCCAACAACCGCAAAAAUUGUAUUGUUUUUUUUCAUAACAUUAAAAUUAUAUACUUUAC